GGAUGAUCGGUUCACGCAGGCGUAGUAGAGGUCAGGGCCGGACGAGGCGGCGGGAGCGCGCGGGUGGUGUGGCUCGCGCAUGCGCAGCGGUGGCCGGAGGCAGAGUUGGGAGCGCGCACUGGCAUCGGGCUGGCUGGGGGUUCGGCCUGGUGCUCCCUUCAAUCCGUAGCGAGUAUGUCCCCUCUGUAACGCGCUGUGACCGUGUCCCGCCACGACCAUGGAGUUUGCGGAGCUCAUCAAGACCCCCCGGGUGGAUAAGGUGGUCCUGCACAGGCCCUUUCACCCUCCAGUGGGCGGGACCCUGUGCCUGACGGGUCACCACCUCAUCCUCAGCUCCAGGCAGGACAACAGCGAGGAGCUCUGGCUGCUGCACUCCAACAUCGACUCCAUAGAGAAGAGGUUUGUCGGCUCCUCCGGGACCAUCACCAUAAAAUGUAAGGACUUGCGUAUAAUCCAGCUGGAGAUUACCGGUAUGGAUGAAAGUCUGAACGUUGCUAAUUCCAUUGAGGCCUUGUCCACCCUGGACUCUAUCACGCUGAUGUAUCCGUUCUUCUACCGGCCUAUGUUUGAGGUGACGGAAGACGGCUGGCAUUCCUUCUUCCCCGAACAAGAGUUCGAACUGCUCAGCGCAGAGACUGAUGACUGGAGAUUAAGCUAUGUGAAUCGAGACUUCUCUGUUUGCCAGUCCUACCCACCGAUCGUCAUUGUUCCCAAAUCCAUCGAUGAUGAGUCGCUGCGGAAAGUGGCUGCGUUUCGUCAAGGCGGGCGAUUCCCCGUGCUCAGCUAUUACCAUAAAAAGAACAGUAUGGUGAUGAUGCGCAGCAGUCAGCCUCUCACGGGGACCAAUGGCAAGCGCUGUAAGGAAGACGAGAAGCUCAUUAAUGCCACGUUAAGACCAGGGAAACGAGGAUACAUCAUAGACACCCGCACUCUGAACGUGGCUCAGCAAGCUCGAGCCAAGGGUGGCGGUUUUGAGCAGGACGCCUAUUACCCGCAGUGGAGGAGGAUUCACAAAUCCAUCGAAAGAUUCAACAUCUUGCAGGAGAGUAUGAUUAAGCUUGUGGAGGCCUGUAACGACCAGUCCCACAACAUGGACCGAUGGUUAAGCAAGCUGGAGGCCUCAAACUGGCUGAGUCACAUCAAGGAGAUCCUGACCACCGCCUGCCUUGCGGCCCAGUGCAUUGACCGGGAAGGGGCCUCCGUGUUGGUCCACGGAUCAGAGGGAAUGGAUUCCACGUUACAGGUGACCUCUUUGGCCCAAAUCAUUCUGGACCCCAAGUGCAGGACCAUUCGCGGCUUUGAGGCCCUGGUGGAGAAGGAGUGGUUACAAGCGGGUCACCCAUUUCAGCACCGCUGCGCACAGUCCGCCUACUCCAACAGCAAGCAGAAGUGGGAAGCCCCGACGUUCCUGCUCUUCCUGGACUGCGUCUGGCAGAUACUCCGCCAGUUCCCCUGCUCCUUCCAGUUUAACGAGCGCUUUCUCGUCACGCUCUUUGAGCACGCUUACGCCUCGCAGUUCGGAACAUUCCUGGGCAACAGUGAGUUUGAGAGGACUAAGCUGAAGCUACAGCAGAAGACAAUGUCUCUCUGGUCCUGGGUGAACCAACCUAAAGAGCUCCACAAAUUCACUAAUCCACUUUUCGAAGCCAAUGGCCUGGUAAUCUGGCCGUCCGUAGCCCCCCAGAGCCUACAGCUGUGGGAAGGUGUGUUCCUGCGCUGGAACCGCUCCUCCAGGUACCUGGACGAUGCGAAUGAAGAGAUGGUCCACAUCAUACAGUACAAUAAGGAGCUGCAAAUCAAAGUGAACGCAUUAAGGCGGCAGCUGGCUGAGCUGGAGACCGAGGACGGGAUACUGGAAACCCCAUAGCGCGGCUGUCCCUCCGCCCCCCCCUCCCCCCCAAUUACCUCACCCCUCACAAUUGUGCUUGUACACCCCACUGGCCCGGCAAGGGCUAUAUGUUUACACUUAUCUGUUAUGCAUGCACUACAGUUCCCCCUGGUGCGAUCGGUAUACAGAGCCACGUAUACUGAAGAACCGGUUGUUACGGACCAAUGAGAGACGCAACGGUGGGUCUGCUGUUACGUGCAUGCGAGCCGCACUUUAAACCUGUGUGUUGGAUGGUAACUUAAGGUGUGCCCAUCGCCCUGGCACGGCAAUUACGUCACUACUACUGCUAGUGAAUUAUUGGGCGCCUCCUCCAUUGCGCUCAGACGUGGGGUACACUUUAACCCGUCUCUUCUGUUUCAAUAUUGCAUCUCUUUCCUUGAUAAAUGAAUCUACCACCAGGUGGCAGUGUUACAUCACUUACAGCAGUCCCCGGUCUCUGCCGCACUGUUACCCCCAACGUGGUCGUUUUUGCACUAAUAUAAAUGAACUCUCUAGUUGUUUCUGCUGUUAUUUCUGUAUGUGUAAUUGUGAAAUGUACAUAAAGUGAUUCUACCAGUCCA